ACAACAUCCUCUUUAUCUUUCUCCAUUAUCUAUGAUAAUAAACCACUUUAACUUUGGUUGGAAACCCAAACAUCCACCCUAUUUUGUUGGUGAUCCUGAUCCCCCACCACCAUGGGCCGUCGUCAGACCCAUUUCCUCACUUUAUUCCCUUCAUUCUUUCUUUUGCGACUAACCCACUUUAAUGUCUAAACUAAUCUCACUUCUCAAGCAUUAAAGUAGCUUGUCCCUCUUUGAUCCUCGAGCCCUCCCUCAUUUCUUCUGGGUCUUCUGUCUUUCUUAUUAAUGCUGCUUCAUACCCACACACGCCAUCUCAUCAUUUCCAUUUGUUUAUAACCAUAUCUAUAUUGUUUCAUCAACCACCCGAUUUUUGCCGACAACUUGUCUUCCGUACCACUGAGCUUGUUUGUUUGUUUUGGAUGCAUGAACUUGUAGGGGGAUUGUUGAAGCCAUGAGAGAUGGAAAUUGUAAAACCAAUAAGCUCUCUUGGUCGAAGAAACUGGUGCGAAAUUGGUUCAAUAUCAAGACGAAAUCGGAAGAAACUCAUGGGGAUGAUAAUGGAGGUAGCUUCAGUGAGAGGGAACCACCCGCAAUCAAGAAAUCCAAAACAGAGAUAUCGAGCAAGAGUACAGAUGCGCGUAGGUGGGGAAGGGUGGAUCUUGACCACCCACAGGUUAUUAAUGUGCAGAACUAUAGUAUUUUUUCUGCUACAUGGAAUGUGGGAGGCAAAUCUCCUUCAAGUAACAUGAAUCUUGACGAUUGGUUACAUGCUGCCCCCCCUGCUGACAUUUAUGUUCUCGGGUUCCAAGAAGUUGUUCCUCUUAAUGCUGCUAAUAUUUUGGGUGCUGAAGAUAACGGGCCUGCGAAAAAAUGGGUGAAUCUAAUACGUAGAACUCUAAACAAUCGACCCGGAUCAGGUGGAGGAAAUAUGUGCUACACGCCUUCUCCUGUUCCUGAUCCGGUUGCUGAGUACGAUGCUGAUUUUGAGGGGUCAACAAGACAUCAAACUUCAACGUUUUUUAACCGGCGGUCUUUUCAGGCGCCUCAAAGCUGGCAGAAUGAAAACGAGCCGCACCUUGACCGGCGAUACAGUGUAUGUGACCGGGCAAUCUUUGGUCAAAGACCAAGUGACUGCUCUUCGAGUCAUAGACCGAGUGACUAUUCUUCUUCUAGUCAUCGGCCGAGUGACUACUCGGUGGGUUACAGACCGAGCGACUACUCAUCUAGUCACAGGCCGAGUAAUUACUCGUUGGGUCAAAGACCCAGUGAUUAUUCAAGAUGGGGUUCGUCUGAUGAUGAUUAUGGCCCCAUGGAGGAUUUAACAAACAACAAUAAUUCGUUCUCACCGAUGUCGAAUACGGAAAAUAAUGGCCAUUCAAGCUAUUGUUUGGUUGCAAGUAAACAGAUGGUUGGUGUUUUUCUUACGGUGUGGGUUAAGAGUGAAUUGAGGGAACAUGUUAGUAACAUAAAAGUGUCUUGUGUUGGCAGAGGAUUAAUGGGUUAUCUUGGGAAUAAGGGAUCAGUGUCUGUGAGUAUAUUGUUGCAUCAAACAAGUUUUUGCUUUGUGUGUAGUCAUUUGACAUCUGGCCAGAAGGAAGGAGACGAGCUGAGACGGAACUCUGAUUUCAUGGAAAUCACUAAGAAAACACGAUUUCCGCGUGUUCAAGCCAUUAAAGAUGAUAAAUCCCCUGAGACGAUACUUGAACACGAUCGAAUUAUAUGGCUAGGGGAUCUAAAUUACCGAAUCGCCCUCUCUUAUCGGUCAGCAAAGGCGCUCGUUGAAAUGCAAAAUUGGCGAGCAUUGUUGGAGAAAGAUCAACUGCGAAUUGAGCAGAGAAGGGGUCGUGUUUUCCAAGGAUGGAAUGAAGGGAAGAUAUAUUUUCCGCCAACAUACAAAUAUUUGACGAAUUCAGAUAGAUACACCGGAGACAAUCUGCGCCAUAAGGAGAAAAGACGAACACCCGCGUGGUGUGACCGGAUCUUGUGGUAUGGAAGAGGUCUUCAUCAGUUAUCAUAUGUACGCGGUGAAUCGCGGUUUUCAGAUCAUAGACCAGUUUACAGCUUAUUCUCGGCUGAGGUUGAGUUGGUCCAUAGCCAUUGUAGCACCGUGAGCACCGGUGUUCAAUUCGAGGAGCUCUUGCCAUACACAAACGGCUACACUGAACUCUGCUUUUUCUAACUCAUCAUCACCAUGAGUGAACUAACCAUACGAUGCAUGGAUAGUGGCAGUGGCGGAAACAAAACUUUUCAACUGGCGGUCACAAAUAGAAAUUUUGUUGCUACAUUGGCUUGAACGACCUGACAACUUGACAAUUUAACGUCAAAAUACAAAAACAGCGACGUUAAUAUCCAUAUUAAUAGAAAAUCUGGUCGGCUUGAGGGUCAACGGGCCUCGACUCCUGUUUUACUUCCGUCCAUGUGUACGGAUUCCUUGUUAGAAUUAACAUUUAGAAUUUUUGAAGGAAACCAAAUGAUGACACACAUGUCUAACUUAGUUGAGUAUGCUUAGAGUAUGAUAGAAUCAUAGUAUAAAAAAAGAAAAAAAAAACAAAUGUAGAUUAUUUUAAUUCUGAAGAUUCUUUACAUGUUGUUAGAAGGUACAAAAAUGAGUAGAAAUAAUGAUAGUGAUUAUUUGUG